CCGGCUACGUUACGAAGAUGAGCUCCGUCUUUCUUCCAGGGCUUCGGCGAAAUCACCUACGUCAAGAUUCCCCCAGGAAAAGGCUGCGGUUUUGUCCAAUUCGUCCAGCGCCACGCUGCUGAGAUGGCCAUCAACCAGAUGCAAGGAUAUCCAAUUGGAAACUCGCGUGUCAGGCUUAGCUGGGGUCGCUCUCAGAACAACUCUGGACCCGCUGGAACGCCUUACCGCCCCGCUCCUCCGCCUCCUAUGUACCCCUCCAUGGGUAUGCCACCCUCCCACUCAUACGGCGGUGGCUUCGCACCAAUGAAGCAGUAAACGUGUUCCUCUCUUCGUGAACGCACCAGCAGGAGUUUUUUGUUCUUUUCGAAAAAAAGAUGGGUCUUAGUCUUGGUUCUUGCGUGUAUCAAAUAAAAAAGGAAAAACCGCUCAGGUCAAUUUUUUGUUGUUUUUUUCUUUUUCUUUUUUAUCCUCGUUAACGUCUCCAAACAAAACCCCCUCUUCCAAAGACUCAUGUUAUCUACUCUUUAAAGCUCUUGAUGAGUGUGAUUUCUCUCUUCAAAAUUGCCGCGUUUUCAUCUUCCUUUUCGUCGUGUGCGUUGUGUGAGAGUGGUUUUUCCUCCUUUCUACUCUUAUUUUUUUCUUUUUCUUUUCUUAUUUUACUUCUAACUUCAGUUUGAUUACUUUUUUACUUCUUCUACUUAUACUUCUCCAUCUGUUCUACUACUACAGCAACUAAAGUGCUAGGCAUAUUCAUUCUCUGCCUCUUUUCAUUUUAUCAUGAGCGGCUAUUAUUUUAUGUCUUCGCAAAGAAACUUCUGUCUUUUUUUUAUCUGCUGUUGUGUUUCUAAAAACAUUAAACUGUUAGCUUCGCCUGUCCUGUCUCCUUGCUCUCAUUCUUUUACUUUUUUUCCCCCCCUUUUGCUCUCUCCUCUUUCAAAUCAUGUGCGCUUAUUAUGAGAUAAGAAUGACCGUGUUCACCACAGUUUAUUUGGUUUUUUCUUCUUUUUUGUCAAAAAUUGCCAAAUGUUAUAUGGUUGUACUUUUUUUUUCUUCUAUAGCUUUGAAAAAUUGCCGCCUUUUUUUUCUUUAAUAUUUCUACUUACCUCUCUAUCACUGAUGCUUGCUCUGCUUAUGUAAAAAAUCUCAUGCAGGAUUUCUAACUUUAUAUGGUGUUUCUUCUCUUAAAUUUAUUGUAAGAUUUUCUAUACUAGUGUUCUUUCCCCUUCUUCUCUUUAAAACUGCCAUUGCUUUAUUUUUAUUUUUAUUUUUUAUGUAUUUUUAUUUUUGUUAUUUUUUUGACUUUCUUUUUAAACAGUCUUCUUUAAAAUUGUAAUAUCUCACAAUUGUAGCGGAAAGCGCUCCACUUCCGCUCCCUUUCUGUAGCAGAAGCUCCUUCUCAUUUUCACUCCUCCACUCCUUGCACGUCCGCUCCACCCCCCUGCUUCUUAUCCCUUCUUCCAUCUUCCGCCCCGCAGACACCCCAUUCCUCCUUCCUCCCUUGACCCUUACAGGCUGCCCCUCCACGUACGCAGGAACCUGUUCACCGGUUCAUGUAUAUAUAUAUACUAUACAUAUACGCGCGUCCAGCCCCCCUUCCCCUUCUAGAAAUAAGCGAAUAAAUAAAUAAUAGAACAUGAUUACCAUUACCAUUAUCAUUACCAUUGCCAUUACCGAUAGAGAUAGACACUCUACGACUACCACCCCAUUAGAGGGCGCAGGAUCUAGUUCCAAACGAAACGGAAUCUCCAACGCGUCGUUUCUUCUGCGGGCGGUUUGACUAUUUGUUUACAGAGUAUGAGUACUAACAAGUGAGGUUGGCGCAUCUCUUAGUUCGAAUCGGAUCGGAUGGUCAAAGCAGUAACUAGAGGUCAG